UUUUUAGCGGUUUAGUCGUAAACAAAUAGUGGUGGGCUGUUUGCCAAAAAAAAAAAAAAAAUAUACAAAUUAAUAACAAUUAUACAAAUCAAUUAUAACACUAAAUAUUUUACGAGCGGACUAACGUUCGCGUUUUAUUCUCUUGUUAAUCGUUUAUUUUUUUUUGGUUUUAAGUCGUAUGCGUUUAUAAAAUGCGAUUAUCCGAAACAGCUAGGUAAACAUCGUUGUGGCCGUCCGGGGGAAAAUUCGGGCGUUCGGUUUUUAUUUCUAUUUAAUCUUACGCGAGUUUUUCCCCGAAUCAUGUUAAAACCAGUCGACAUAAUAUACACUCUGCUGGCCAUCCUACAGCAAAUGGUACAUUCGCAAGAUAUUAACACUUUGGCUCGAAAAAUAUACCACAAAAACGGAACCUCCGUGCCCAUAGAAAUCUACGUCAGCUACACGAACAAUCCAUGGGGACCGUCGGCCUUGUUGGAGACCGGCCAAUCCGGCGGUAAAGACCAAUAUAGACCCAAAAGGAGUGUAUAUCAGCUGUACAAUAUGGUCGUGUGCGCUACCGGUUGCAAUCCAAUUUCUUACCUUGGCUACGGCUGUUACUGCGGUUUCCUGGGUUCUGGAUCGCCGGUUGAUCCUAUAGACAACUGCUGCAAAAUGCACGAUUGGUGCUACGACAGUGCCGAUUGUCCAAUGUUCCUCGAAUACUUUACGCCGUACGCCUGGACGUGCUACAACAAAAAACCAUUGUGUUCAUUAGGAGGUGGUUGCAGUCAGCGGUUGUGCGAGUGUGAUCAACAGCUGGCCAUGUGCUUGAGACGUUUUGGGUGCCCAACGCAGAAGGCGAUUUGCAAAACAAGCCCUUGGAGAUGGUUCCAGAACAUGUUGUUUUGAAAGGCAACGGUAUACAGCUGUGGCGUAUAUACAGUAUUAUAUUUUAACACGUUUUAUAGACGACGAUAGCUUCGAAUUUCGUUCUAGUCAUUAUACCUAUGAUACAUCAUACCAGUAGAAGCGACGCAUCGCCGCCAUCAACGUGAAUAUCAUACUAAUACUAAUAUAUUAUAUGUAUAAUAUAUAUGAUACGUGUGCACUAUACGAAUAACUCGAUAUAUAUAAUAUACAUAGAUUGUUUAAAACAUUCACAUACACACAUACAAACGUAUCAAUCGGAACACUUUAAUUUUAUUAUUAAAAUAAUUAUGUAUAACUUACGUCGAAACGAUUGAACAACUUGAGCCUUUGAUUUCGGGUCCAUGGUACGACUGGAAGGUGUCGUAGCGUUAUAUUAUGGAAAUCAUAUUAUGGAUCGUCCAGCUGUACGCGACGACGACAUAUGGAAUUAUCUGAAUUCGAGACAGACUGCUGCAGAUUCACGAACAUUAAUUUUAUAAUGUCUACAUCAUUACAAAAUAGAAUAACCGUAUAAAAUCCUGAGGAACUUAUUUUUUUUUUAUUGCAUUAUUGGGUGCUCGAUGUAUUGAACUGAAGCUGUUUUCCUACCGAACCGAAAUAGUAAUAUUGUAUUAUUAACAUUGUAACACGCAAUGAUGAAUUAGUUGUUAUGUUAUUUUAUGGAUUUAAUUUCUGUUACCAUAAUAUUUGAGAUUCGAAGAAACGCGCAUUUUUUUCGUAUAUAAAAUGUAUCAUAAUGUUAAAUGUAUAAGAUGUACAACUUUAAACCGUUUGUAAUAUUAUAUUUUGUAAAAACACUUCCUAUACCUACAUUAUAUUGUGCGUUUAUAGAAAAACUAACGAAAAAAAUAAAAAUCUUCGAUUACACAAA